UAAUGGAAAACAAUAAAUGAAGGAAUCAAAAUUGAGACAUAAAAAUUAUCUGGUACCUUCACCUUGUUAACCUCUCCUUUGUCCUUAACAAUAUGAGCUUUCCAGUUCUGUGACAACCCAUUUUUAUUCAUGUGCUUUCUCUCUCCUCUUUCACUUAAAAUAAAGCCUGCUACACAUUUUCACAAAUCUUCUUUCUUUUUUGAAUCUUUCCUCUUCAAAAAGUUGCCAACUUUAGGUAGUAGAAGUAGAAGAUGAAGAAGAAAAACAAUGUUGGGUACUUAUUUUUAGUCAUUUUAUUACUUGGGUUAUGUUUAUUUUUCUGUAAUAUUGCAUAUUCUCAAGAAGAAGAUGAUGUUUCAGUUAUGUUAGCUUUAAAAAAGAGCUUAAACCCACCUGUAUCUCUUGGAUGGUCCGACCCAGAUCCAUGCAAAUGGAGUCAUGUAGUUUGUUCUGAGGAAAAAAAGGUGACCCGAAUUCAAAUUGGGCACCAAAAUCUUGAAGGUAAUCUUCCUCCUAAUCUUUCUUUACUUACUUCACUUGAAAGAUUAGAACUUCAAUGGAAUAAUAUUUCAGGUCCAAUUCCUAGUUUAAAUGGGUUGAAUUCAUUGCAAGUUAUAAUGCUUAGUAAUAAUCAAUUUAGUUCAAUUCCAAGUGAUUUCUUUGAUGGGUUAUCUUCACUUCAGUCUGUUGAUCUUGAUAAUAAUCCUUUACAAGGGUGGGAAAUUCCUGAAUCUUUAAAAAGUGCUUCAACUCUUCAGAAUUUUUCUGCUACUUCUGCUAAUAUAACAGGGAAAAUACCUGAUUUUUUCGGGCCGGAUUCGUUUCCGGGUAUGGUUAAUUUGAGGUUGAGUUUCAAUAGUUUGGAAGGUGAGUUGCCUAGGAGUUUUGAUGGGUUUCAAAUUCAAUCAUUGUGGGUUAAUGGGCAGAAAAGUGAGGGUAAGCUUCAUGGGAGGAUUGAUGUGAUUCAGAAUAUGACUUCAUUGAAGGAAGUUUGGUUGCAUCAGAAUGCAUUUACUGGUCCUUUGCCUGAUUUUUCGGGUUUGAAGGAUCUUCAGGUUUUGAGCCUCAGAGAUAAUAAGUUUAUUGGAGUUGUACCUAUGUCUUUGAUGAAUUUGGAGUCUCUGGCUGUUGUGAAUUUGACUAAUAACUUGCUUCAAGGGCCGAACCCGGUGUUUAAAAGCUCGGUUGCUGUGGAUUCGACUGAAAAUACGAAUAGUUUUUGUUUGCCAAAACCUGGGGAUUGCAGCCCUCAAGUGAAUACUUUGCUUUCGGUUGCGAGAUACAUGGAUUAUCCAGCUAGGCUUGCUCAAUACUGGAAGGGAAAUGAUGUUUGUGCUGAUUGGUUUGGUAUCACUUGUAGUAAUGGUAAUGUUACUACUGUUAAUUUGGAGAAAAUGGAUCUUAAUGGAACUAUUUCUCCUGAUUUUGCAUCCCUUAAGUCGCUGCAAAGGCUUAUUCUUGCAAAUAAUAAUCUCACUGGUACCAUUCCACAAGAGCUUACUACUCUGCCAUCUCUUACUGAAGUAGAUGUGUCAAACAAUCAGCUUUACGGAAAAAUCCCCUCUUUCAAGAAGAACCUAAAGUUACUUACUCACGGUAAUCCUGACAUUGGGAAGGAUGAGAGUGAGGUCAAACAUGGUCGAGGGAUAUCGUUACCCCCAGGCUCAGUUGAGGGAAAUAGUGAUGAUUCUGGUAAAAAAUCUAAACUUUCCACUGGUGUGAUUGUAGCUAUAUGUGUUGUUGGAGGUGUUCUCUUUUUGCUUCUAUGUGGUGUCUUGGGAUUUUGUCUCUUCAAAAAGAAGCAAAACAAGUUUAGGAGGGUUCAAAGUCCGAAUGCAAUGGUAGUUCAUCCCCGUCACUCAGGAUCUGAUAACGACAGUGUUAAGAUUACAGUUGCUGGAUCAAGUGUUAGUGUAGGAGCGGUUAGUGAGAGCCACACUCUUCCAUCCAGUGACACCGGUGGUAUCCAAAUGGGUGAUGCCGGAAACAUGGUUAUUUCCAUCCAGGUCCUCAAAAAUGUGACAAAUAAUUUCAGUGAGGAUAAUAUUUUGGGACGAGGAGGAUUUGGAACGGUAUAUAAAGGGGAAUUACAUGAUGGGACAAAGAUAGCCGUGAAGAGAAUGGAGUCUGGGGUGAUUGCAGGAAAAGGGCUGAACGAAUUCAAGUCUGAAAUAGCAGUUUUGACCAAGGUCAGACAUAGGCAUUUGGUCGCGCUUCUUGGAUAUUGUUUGGAUGGCAAUGAGAAGCUUCUAGUAUACGAGUACAUGCCUCAAGGACCAUUGAGUAGGCAUAUAUUCAAUUGGGCUGAGGAAGGUUUAAAACCUCUUGAAUGGUCUAGAAGGUUGAGCAUUGCCUUGGAUGUGGCUAGAGGUGUUGAGUAUCUCCAUACUUUGGCUCAUCAAAGCUUCAUCCACCGAGACCUAAAACCUUCUAAUAUUCUUCUCGGGGAUGAUAUGAGAGCAAAAGUUGCUGAUUUCGGCCUUGUACGUCUGGCACCAGAAGGCAAGGCCUCAGUUGAAACAAGGAUUGCUGGUACCUUCGGAUACUUGGCACCAGAAUAUGCAGUAACUGGACGAGUUACCACUAAAGUGGAUGUCUUCAGCUUUGGGGUAGUCCUAAUGGAGUUGAUCACCGGAAGGAAAGCUUUAGAUGAGACACAGCCAGAGGAAAGCAUGCACCUAGUUACAUGGUUCAAGCGUAUGCACAUCAACAAAGAAACCUUCCGCAAGGCCAUUGACCCUGCCAUGGACCUUGACGAAGAAACCCUUGCCAGCGUCAGCACUGUUGCCGAGCUUGCAGGCCACUGUUGCGCGAGGGAGCCAUAUCAAAGGCCAGACAUGGGCCAUGUUGUCAAUGUCUUAUCUUCUUUUGUGGAGCUUUGGAAACCAUCAGAAGCUAGCUUGGAUGAUUGUUAUGGUAUCGAUCUUGAUAUGUCUUUACCACAGGCCUUAAAGAGAUGGAAGGCUUCUGAAACUGAAGGUACGAGUCAGGCGGAAUCUUCUUCGUCCUCCUUUGUUGAAAACACGCAAACUAGUAUGGUAGCUCGGCCUUAUGGUUUUGCCGAUUCCUUCACUUCAGCAGACGGAAGAUGAGAGUUGAGAAAAUGAAUGAAGAUUGAUCAGGUUGAAAUCAAAGUUGCUGGUUUGUUCUGUUGUUCAUUACACUCUGAAAUGUGUAUUGUUUUGUAAACUCUUGUUUUUUUUUUACUUUAGAUGUAUAUGUCAUAGCUCUUUUGAUUCUUCUUUUUGUUCCUUUUGGUUUUCAUCUUGGGAUGAAUCUUUCAUGUAACUUGUGAAUUGUGAGUGGGGGAGAAAGUUGGGGAGAGGAGACCUUUCAUCAUGUCUCAAAUUUUUCGCUAGGAUUUAAGGGUUCAAAUAUUGAUUAGAUUGCAGUUGAAGGUGUGGAUUUCUUCAUCAAAUGAUUCUUUCUUUUGUUCAAUCUCCUUGAAAAGAUUGGAUUCUGAGUUUAGACCUUGUAGACAUUUGACUUUUUUUCUUUUCUUCAAAUGACACAAAUUCAAUCUACUUGCAAUACUAUUUUUUUUGGA